AUGGCCGAUGUGCAAAAGACAGCUGAAGGGAUAGUUGUGCCAGUCCACGACCAGGCGACUGAUAACUCGUCCGAUAGCGCUGAAAACGGCCAAAGUUCUCGUACCAGAUUUGUCAAGCGUGGCGAAGUGGUGAAUGAUUUUACAUCUGGGCAGGGAGCUGCUGGAUUCGAUGCGGAACGCAUGCGCGACCGAGCCCUCCUUACGGAGGCCGAGGAAAAAGCCUUGCUGAGACGGAUUGACUGGAGGAUCAUGACCAUAUGCUCCUUUCUAUUUCUGAUGAAGAAUCUCGAUUCCGAUAAUAUCAGCAACGCCAGAAUUAUGAAUCGCGAAACCGAUAGAAACAUUUUGACAGAACUCAACAUGACAUCCGACCAGUACAACCUUCUUACGGUCGUAUACUAUGUACCUUACAUUGUUCUGGAAGCUCCGUCUAACCUCCUUCUUAAGAAGAUGAAGCCUAGCAACUGGCAAUCGCGCAUCAUGAUAUCAUGGGGGAUUUGCCUGUUGGGACACGUCCCUGUCAGCAACAAAGGAGGAUUAUAUGCAGCAAGAUUCUUGUUGGGAGUGUUCGAAGCAGGCAUGUUUCCUGGCGUCAUCUUGCAGAUGACCUACUGGUACCGACCAGAUGAGAUGUCUAUACGUUUGUUAUACUUUUAUAUGCUUGGCAACUUCUCUAAUGUUAUUGGCGGAUUACUUGCCUUUGCCUUCGACACGGCGUCUGGCUCUCGUGGCCUUUCGGGGUGGCAGUGGCUGUUUCUCUCCGAAGGAUUGUUGACAAUCGUUCUUGGGGUCAUUGUCAAAUUUCUUUUGCCGGACUUCCCACCCACAGCUAAGUGGCUAAGCGACAAAGAGAAGGCCUUCAUCCAGGCUAGACUGCCGGCCAACGCACCCCGAGCAGCGGAGCAAAAUUUCAACUUCCGGGAAAUCAUAGACACGCUCAAGGAUCGCCGCCUAUGGCUCUUUACUCUCAUCUGGGCAACCUUCACAGUGGGAACAUCCGGUGUCAGGUUUUACCAGCCGACUGUCAUCGCGAACCUGGGCUUCACAACCAUCGCACAAGCACAGCUGCUCAACCUGCCCAUCAGCUUUCUUGCGAUCACGGUCAUUGGCGUAACGGGAUUCUUUGCCGACAACGGAAAACUUCCGCGGCCGGUAUAUCCUCUUGGGGUAUUUGCGGUCGUCUUGGCAUGCUAUGGCAUCCUGGUCGCCUAUCCUUCCAACGGCGCAGUCUACGCUGCAACCCUCGUCGGCAACGCGUUUACAGCCGCGUUUUACCCACUGAUGUGGCCUUGGCGCGUCCAAACAACAUCCCGCGCCACCGGGUCGGCUUUCAGCAUCGGUUUCGUCAACAGCUACGGUCAGAUCGGUGGUGCCAUCGGACCUCAAAUAUUCAAGGAGAAAUACGCGCCGCGGUACCGGGAGAGCUUUGCUACUGCAAUAGCCCUCGUUUUCGUUUGCACAAUUGUUACCCUAGUCACAUGGUGGGUCACCCGUCGCUCAGAGGCGGACACUCGCAGGUUGAAGCGUGAGAGAGUGGAAGCGAAUAAGAAGGGCUUGGCGGUGUUGGACGACGUCGUAGAUCAGGAUUUGCAGGCAAAAAGAUAG